AUGGACGUGGAAGAGGCCUCGGCUCGGGCUCACUACGUCGAAGUCCGCGUUUCAAGUCCAGAUACCAACACAAUGCUUGCAGUAUCCCACGCCAGUGAGGAUGAGGACUUGUUUCAGGCUGAUGCCCCUGAGCGGGACGUGCAUGGCGCCCCACCGUCGUCCAACCACGUCUCUUUGCGUGAGGGCUUACUCUAUGACUCCGACGAGGAAGAAGCCCACUUCGACCUCCUUGAUUCUCAUGCGGGCGAUGGCGACCUGCGUCUCGAGACCUUGCCUUUUUGGCGCUGCAGCGUUGGGUCCUCAUCAUCAUUGCUCAUCCAUUGCCGGGCGGCCCGUGCCCCUUGUAGCGUCCGACCCUGCUUCAAGAGCCCACGCACAGCGCGCUACUGGAAACAAAUUGUCGGCGCAUAUGCCAUGCUCAUCGUCGGGUUUGUGCUGAUCAUGGCCGGCGUUGCCCUCGAAGCAGAAAAGGUCAAGGUCUACUACGUCUUCAACACCUGCAUUGCCACUCACACAAGAUCCCAGCGCCACCUGGACGAUCUUUUUGCCCGCUUCGGCUCCUGA